AUGAGGAAAGUAUUCAGUCUACUCUGUCUCACUGCUGUGUUACAUCUAUCGGGUAAGGAAUACGACAGCUUCUUUUAAAACGCUAUGCGUACAUAACGCGUCGAAUUUUGCAGGAUUCAAAGCACAAGAUUCUUGUGUCGAGAAAUUAAUAAUGAAAUAGUGCUUUUGAAAAUUUUCUUGUGGUAUUUAGCUGCACAAAUACCUUUUCGCUUCACAAUUUCGGAAAUGUGCUAUCCGUUCUGGAAGUCUGCGUAACGGCAUUAGACCGAGUAAAAAAAAAUAUUCACCUCUUACUUGAAUUCUAUAGCUGCUCAGGAAGUCACUUUACAACACAAAAGGGACAUUUUUUGACAUUAUUAUAUUUGAACCAUCAGUUUUGGAAACGCAAACUUUUCUUGGGCCUAAAGCCAACAGAAACAUGUGGUCGACCUUAAAUCUCUUGUUUUAGGUACUUGAUGUUUUGUUUACCUUUGAUGCUUAUGUAGUGCUUACCUGUAAAAAUGCGGAUGAUUUUGCGACCUUCAAUCCGGUAUUUGCUAAUUUUAUUGUUUAGUCCCUGAUACGCAAAAGUAUGUUUCCGCAACAAAAGAUAAAAAUCUUACCAACUAAAAACCUCAACAAUUACAGUAAAAGCCCUCACCUCCGAACCUUUAUCCUCCACGAGGCUUAAAUUUACUCUGUGUAACUCAGAAAAGUUUGUUGACAAUGAAUUUCUCCACUUUUUAUGGUUCUGCUUCACUAACAGAAAAAUCGCGAGUGGGAGAUCCCCGGAGAAAUCUCAGUCCUCCGAAAUGGAAAAAAAUUAUUCCCUUGAAACACAAAAACUCUAUUUCACAGAACGAAAGCCCUACCCAGUGUUCAUGCUAUACGAUAGGGAAUUUGUAAAAAAAAAUGUGAUUUCUGAUUUGUCGAGGGUCACGUGCUGUAUUUAUAGAAUUUUGGUUGUCUAGCAGUCGAAAAUAAUCCGAGAUCUCUGUAUUUUUUUGCGUUACCUCACUCUGUGAUAGGUUCAGAAAACUCGCGCCACUUUCUCCACCAAUCACAUUCAAGACAAAAAUCAAUCGCGACAUGUAACGUUUUUCCGCGCGUUUUUUCAUUGAUUUACGAUCGCCUCUUUGCAAUCCAUCUUUUCUAUGUUGAUUUUUGCGAUUACUUUGGUCUUUGUUUUACGACAUUCAGUCGAAAUGCACUCGAAAUAUAUCCUUUUCCAAUGUCUUCCUAGGUUCCUACCCGUUUUGCGCGCUAUUUUCACGUCAUUAUUCCUCUCGGCUUUCGUUCCGCCGACUUAAAGGAGGAGGAAUAAUUAUAGAAAAAAUAAUGAUAAACACAAACGAACAAAAACAACGACAACCGUGUAUGAAAAAGGGAAAAUCUUACUGGUGUGAUUUGAUAAUACACGCAGAUGCAUAUCAUCUUUUAUUUCCUUAUUACUUGCAGUUUCCGGAGAGAAGCCGGAACCCGUUAAAUACAGAAAAUUGUCGUGCGGUCUGCGUUACUUUCUUUGGCCAAGCUGCUCAGACCCUAGUUCCUUGCAACAUAAGGUCUGUGGAAGCGACAAUAAAACCUAUGCAUCGUUUUGUGCCUUCAAAGUCGCCCGGUGCUAUGCCAAAAAAGACUACAAUACCAAAUUAACUCUUCAAUACAAGGGGGAGUGUGGAAAACCAGAAUCACCCAGAAUGACCUUAACGAAGGAUAGUCGGAGAAAUGGACCGUUUGGUUGCCCGAUUUUAAGAAAGUGCGACGAGUUUAAAGGUGAUCUCUCAUGUGGCAGCGAUGGACGGAUUUAUAUGAAUGAUUGUCACUUGAAUUAUACGAAGUGCCGGGGGAAGAAAUUCCUGAAGCCCAUGCCUUUAGGUAAGCAAACUACUAACUAAAAUCCAUUCGUUAGAGGACCAAUAUCAUAGGACAAAAUACUUCUAGUUUUCCAUUUCACCGAGUUCUGAACGUGAAUACAUGACCCAUCUUGGCCGCGUGCGUUAUAAAGAAAAAAAAAAAAAAAAAAAAAAAAAAGGCAUAACUCAACCUUAUUCGAUGGCUCAACAUAAAACAAUUGCGGACAUUUUGCGCCGGAGUUGUGCAGUAUUUUUGUAAUAGAAAUAAAGAAACGGCACAAACGAAUGAAAAAAAGAAAGGAAGAAAGGGAGGAAGAGAGAAAAUCAAAGAAGAGACCGUCAUAUACAUGCAUUUUGCCAUGUUUCUUGCUCAAACAUUACGCGCCAUUCGGUCUAACCUAUAGAUUUGGAUUAGGCGCCUGGGUGUUUUUGAGCCUUAACGGUAUGCUUCAAAAGGAGAGAUCAUUCAUCAGUUUGGAAACACUUAUUGACUUAUAGCCUGAAGAAAACCGGCUUCUUCUUUAAUUUUCCGAACUCUUUGUUAGAUGGAGAUAGGUAUGUAACCGUCGAAACACAUGUGCCAGUCUUCCUUUCGUUUACUUUCAUCAAUUUAUCCUACUUGAAAUUAGGCAGCGAAAGUGCUUAACUCUGUUUCCUUGGGUAUGAUUAUAAAAAUCAGAAAGAUCAUAAGGUACUGAAGAAUUUCAUAAAUUUUUCCUUUCAUAAUGUCGUUGGCACGAAUUCAACGCAAGCUUCUAAAUAAUUGGGUGGAGUUUGACAUGAUGACCCAUAAAAAGUAAGUGAUGUAAUCUCCAAUUGAAGGUACAUACUAAACAUGAAAAAAAUUUUUUUGGACCAUGUUGUUUAACUUGCCGAUUUUACUGCGGUUUGCGUCGUGCCAAUGAUUAAACUCACGAUAUUUUCUUCCGGGAACAUUCUUGCAUUUCAAUUUCGUUUACUUUAUUUGAUUGAGUGGUGUUUGUAGAGCUUUCUUGACCAACAAAGAAGACCUAAACUGGAUACCUUCUGAUCAGAAAGUUAUUUUUAGAAGAGAAUUCAGCCAACUAUGGCUCGACGUUGCUCUGAGGCUCCGACAAUUUCAAUGUUUUUUUGACCAGGCUGAAUGUCGUUACAUAACAGCGCGGUCAACUCGAAAAUCCAAGGAUCACGUUUUAUUAAAUUGGAUGGGCGAAAUUUGCGGACGAUCCCUUUCAGAGCUUACAACGAUCUGUUUACAGCAUGAGAUUACCUCUAAUACCUCUUGCUCUUCACUCGUUCUGAAUUUUUGGCGUAGUUCUUCUACAGUUUGACCCCGUACCGGUUUGAGUGUCAUCCAUCUUUUCAAUGAUGUUGUAUGUGGAAUUUAGCUGGGUGGCGUAUAAUGUUGAAAUGUAAGGUGGCUCUUCGAGAAUGAAGCAUUAAGCGUGCACGGAAAAAAUUUCCCAAAAUUUCCUUGCGUUGUUUUUCCGGCACAAACUAAACCCUUUCCAGUGUUAAGUGUAAUCAGCGUGUCCGUAAUUGAUUAAUGAAAAUUCGCAGAUAAGGGUUUUUUCAAAUGGUACUACAACAUGGUAUUUCGACGCACGCUAUUCCUACAGCAUCUUGUAAGCCAAUAAUGAUUAUUCCGUACGACUGCUUUUUUUUUUUUAACUGAGUCCUUAGAGUCAUAUAAAACUUUUAAUUUUACCUCGGCUUACAGAUUGUUUAUUGUUUAAUUUUAAUCCAGGUUGGAACUAUUUUGGGAAGGAUAUUUUGAAAUGAUAUUCGAAGGCAGUUUCUUAGAACCAAAUUCAUCAAAAUGAGUUUUCGGAAGAGGAAACAUUUAAAGGGCGCUUAACAAAGAAAAUAUAGCAUAAGAGGGGUUUUUAUUCGGUGCAAAUAUCUCGAAAAUAUUUGCUGUUUUGUCUCUGGUUUCUGUCGAAGAGGUGAACAUCGCGUGACACUUGAAGCGAUCCUUGAAUGUAACUAAUUGGAAUCUUUAAUCAGAUUACGUAAUGCUUGCUAACGACACUUAAUCUCUUGGACUUGAUUUCCGUUUCUUCACCUUUGCAACGAGAAACGCAGUGGUGGCUGCGAGAACAGCGAAUGGACCGCUUUAUGAAGAGAAGCUUACGAUGACAAUGAUAGUAAAAGAUGCGCUUUAUAAAUAUGUUCUGAUGCGCUUUAGAACUCUUCGGUUGGGGACUUUGGCUAGACGGCAUUCUGCAGUUUACAAUUUUUGAAAGGGAAUUUUGCAAAUAUACCGUCUAACCGUUUGCAGAUGUCUUUGCAAAGGCAGCUCAUUUUCAGAUAUUUCAAGACCCUGAGUGUUGUUCCGUUCUGAGCUCGAGCCAUCGAUUUUUUGCACGGCAGUACGGCGCUCUACAAUCAGAGCUCACCAGGUACCGCUUUCCCAAAUUCGAACAGAAGAAGCAACAAAACAAAAAUAACACUUCAACCUCAUCUUGGACAAUUCACACCAACAAGAGUAAAUUUAGAUCCCUUGUAAGACCCAUACAUUAAAACUGAUGAGAAAACCUGAAGUUGGCAAUUUUUACGACGGUACAUGCAUGUGUUAGGAAGCAAGUUCUUAAUCUCGCAAAUACCCAUACGCUUCUUUCUUCUUCUUCUUUAAGAUGAAACGGCCACAGCAUUAAACUUUACUAUGACGGAUUACCACAUAGGACAUGAGUCAUAAGGAGUUAAAAAUCUCUUGAAAAAACUGACUUUGAUUGCUGACAUGAUUUCCUAGAAAGUGGGCAGAAGCGUUUCGAUUUUGCACUGUACAUUCGCUAUAGUCACAUUUCGCUUUGUUGAGUUGUUAACUAACAAGCAAGAUUUUAAAACCAUUCAAUUUUCCUGUGUCCCUUCAGCAGUCAAACGUCUUGCAUGUGCGAACAUUUAAACGGCUGUUUGUCCUUAGAAGCGGCCUGGCUUUCGAGCGAAACAACUUUUGGCACAAACCAGUCUGCCACAGUCUUAUAACAGUCUACAACUUUUUUGAUAAAGCUAAAAAAAAGUAAAUCAAAAGAAUAACUGUUGUGAAAUAAACUUUGUGCUGGUCAAGUCCCAAGUUUCCUUAAGUUGGUUGCCUUUCGUAUGUUUCUAUGAACGUUUUGAUUCAUUAUCGAAUAUUUUGCUUGACAGCGGGUUAUAUUUUUCUUGAAAAUUUUGAGUGGGAAGUUGCGCGCGGCCGGGCAAAAUUGACCCAUGUGCGCAUGCCCCAAGUUUGACCGCAGUGUUUGGUGUGACAGUUAAGUUAAAAGGUUUUUUCCUGUUUUGACAGUGGUAAAUAUGUUUUCAAUUCAUUUCAGCUUUCUCACGGAAACUGCUGCAAUUUUAGAAAUUCACAUAAUUGCUUUUUAUCAUUGUUAUUUAAUUAUUUAAAACAAUACUUACAAAUUUACGUUAUAACAUUACUAAAAUAACUUGCAAGACUGACACAACUUACAAAGCUCAAAUAUAGGUUUUAUACCUAGAUAUCAUAUUUUUGCUACUAGCUGCUGUAGGCAGAAUAUGUGAUUAACGCAAGUGUUAUUGUAAAUUUGUUUCAGGUUUUUGUCAAAACUCCAGAAAAUUCCUACCUGUUACAUCGUGCCCCAGAUAUUGUCCGACCGGUUCUCGACCCGUGUGUGGUACGAAUCGUAAAACGUAUGAAAGUAUCUGUCAUUUAGACAGAGUCAUUUGUGCAUUGCGGAAGGAAAACAAUGUUUCUCUCGCUCUGUAUUACUUUGGAGCAUGCAAUUCACCGGCCACACAAGAGCCUUGCCCGAAAUUGGAAGAAUGCAAAUCUGCGCCGAAGAAACCCGUGUGUGGGUCCAAUGGAAAAACGUACUCAAGUUUAUGUCACUUACGUGCCGUAAUGUGUCUCGGGAAGAGGUCAAAAGAUCAUAGAGCGUGCCAUGCCGCUUGCACAUUGUCAAAUAAUCCCAAGAAGUCUCCUGGAAAGAGCUCACAAGAAUUAAAGGCGUGCAUUGAUACUUGUGCAUUGCAAAAUGCCGAUGAGAACCUUAAUUUGCAUUAUUUUGGAGAAUGCAACGCCCCUAUUAACCUAAAGCCUUGCCCAAGUAGGCAGGAAUGCCGCAUACAUGGGCCGAGAAAACCCGUAUGUGGUUCGAAUAGAAGAACAUAUCGGAACUUGUGUAUUUUUCGUGCAUCAUCGUGUCGCAAGACGAAGCCACUUAAGAUUUUAUAUGAAGAGAUUUGUUAA